GGGCACGCUGAUCACCCCUUCUCUCUUGCCGCUGGAGUUGAAUCUGUGCUGCCCGUGUCCAGGUGCUGGCCUUCCGGACCGACACCGACGCCCCAUUCCCGCCCGCAGCCGCCUUGUCAUGCUGCCCAAAGUGGAGACGGAAGCCCAAGGACUGGUCCGCUCGCAUGGGGAACAGGGGCAGAUGCCGGAAAACAUGCAAGUGUCUCAAUUUAAAAUGGUGAAUUACUCCUAUGAUGAAGAUCUGGAAGAACUAUGUCCUGUGUGUGGCGAUAAAGUAUCUGGGUAUCAUUACGGUCUCCUCACCUGUGAAAGCUGCAAGGGUUUUUUUAAGCGAACUGUCCAAAACAAAAAAAAAUACACAUGCAUAGAGAACCAGAAUUGCCAAAUUGACAAAACACAGAGAAAAAGAUGUCCUUACUGUCGAUUCAAAAAAUGUAUUGAUGUUGGAAUGAAGCUAGAAGCUGUAAGAGCUGACCGCAUGCGAGGAGGCAGAAAUAAGUUUGGGCCAAUGUACAAGAGAGACAGGGCCUUGAAGCAGCAGACGAAAGCCCUCAUUCGAGCCAAUGGACUUAAGCUGGAAGCCGUGUCUCAGAUGAUCCAAACAAUGCCCUCAGACCUGACCUCUGCAAUUCAGAACAUUCAUUCUGCCUCCAAAGGCCUACCUCUGAGCCAUGUAGCCUUGCCUCCGACAGACUAUGACAGAAGCCCCUUUGUCACAUCUCCCAUUAGCAUGACAAUGCCACCUCAUGGCAGCCUGCAUGGUUACCAACCAUAUGGUCACUUUCCUAGUCGGGCCAUCAAGUCCGAGUACCCAGACCCCUACUCCAGCUCGCCAGAGUCAAUGAUGGGCUACUCCUACAUGGAUGGUUACCAGACAAGCUCCCCGGCAAGCAUCCCACACCUGAUACUGGAACUUUUGAAGUGUGAGCCAGACGAGCCUCAAGUUCAAGCGAAGAUCAUGGCUUACCUACAGCAAGAGCAGAGUAACCGAAACAGGCAGGAGAGGCUGAGCGCAUUUGGGCUUUUGUGCAAAAUGGCGGACCAGACCCUGUUCUCCAUUGUUGAGUGGGCCAGGAGUAGUAUUUUCUUCAGGGAACUGAAGGUUGAUGACCAAAUGAAGCUGCUUCAGAACUGCUGGAGUGAGCUCUUGAUCCUCGAUCACAUUUACCGGCAAGUGGCUCAUGGGAGGGAAGGGACGAUCUUCCUGGUUACUGGAGAACAUGUGGACUACUCCACCAUCAUCUCAAACACCGAAGCCACAUUCAACAACCUCCUGAACCUCGCACAGGAACUCGUGGUCGGACUCCGUUCCCUCCAGUUUGAUCAUCGAGAGUUUGUGUGUCUGAAGUUCCUGGUCCUGUUCAGCUCAGAUGUCAAGAAUCUCGAGAACUUGCAGCUGGUGGAAGGUGUGCAGGAGCAGGUGAACGCCGCCCUGAUGGACUACACGGCUUGCAACUACCCACAGCAAACGGAUAGAUUCCGACAGCUAAUUCUUCGGCUACCAGAGAUCCGGGCAAUCAGCAAGCAGGCAGAAGACUACCUGUACUACAAACACGUGAAUGGGGACGUGCCCUAUAACAACCUUCUCAUUGAAAUGCUGCAUGCCAAACGAGCCUGAGCCCCUAGGA